UCGACAGAAACAGACGUGUUAUUAAAAUAGUGCAAAGAGAAAAAAAAAUAAAUUUCAAAAUUGAAGAAGAAAACAGUAAAAAUACUGAAAUCAUGCAUACAUUUGGCGACACAGGAACUGGCGUGCCAGCUUUCCUCGCAAAAUUAUGGAGACUCGUGGAGGAUCCCGAAACAAAUGACCUAAUUUAUUGGAGCACGGAUGGCCGAAGCUUCAUUAUCCAGAACCAAGCACGUUUCGCAAAAGAAUUGCUUCCCCUAAACUACAAACAUAACAACAUGGCAAGCUUUAUUAGACAGUUAAACAUGUAUGGCUUUCAUAAAAUCACAUCCAUUGACAAUGGCGGCCUCCGUUUCGAUCGUGACGAGAUGGAAUUCUCGCAUCCGUGUUUCCAGAAGGGCCAUGCGAUGCUCUUGGAGCAUAUCAAGCGCAAAAUUGCACAUCCCAAAGUUGCCGAGAGCAAGGAAGUCGUCAAAAUUGAGGCAGUUAACAAGAUGUUGGGCGAGGUGAAGACAAUGCGUGGGCGUCAGGAUGCGCUCGACUCGCGUUUUUCCUCGAUGAAGCAGGAAAAUGAGGCGUUAUGGCGCGAAGUGGCCAUGUUGAGACAGAAACACAUUAACCAACAGAAAGUCGUUAAUAAGAUUAUUCAAUUCCUCGUGAAUAUGAUGCACAGCAGAGGAGGUCUCGGUGCCAUGGGCAAACAUCGCACCCAACUAAUGAUCAACGAUGCACCGCGUUCGUCAAAAGUAUGGAUUAACAACAUGAUCGACAUUUUGAAUCAGCGAUCGGCGAGUCCCAUUAUUCACGAGUUGGAAGAGGAGUUACUCGAUGGCGUCGCAAAUGCCGAUGAAGAAAUCAUCAGUGAAUUUGAACACGUGACAUCGCCCGGUCAAGACUUUUCCAAUUUGUAUUCAAACUAUUAUCAGCCACAAGCUACGACUUCUUCUUCUGCAUUGUAUGACAAUUAUACUCAACCACAAUACAAUAAUUGCUAUGUUUUAGAUGAUGAAGUUAGCGGCGACAUGCACAACGGCGGCCGAAAGAGCGCAGAUUACGUCGUCGAUCACGCGGAUGACUACGAAUUGGGCGAAAUCCCCAACGGGCAAAAUGGCCGCAAACGAACGUAUUCCGGUGCCGAGGAAGUUUAUGCUGGCGGAGCGCCAAAAGUUGUGCGACAACAAGCCGGUGCGACAUCCGUUUACGAUGCCCAACAGACGCAACAACGUGUCAAGACCGAAAAAGCCGAUUCGCAGGCGUACAGCAGUGGCAGCAAGGGAAAAACGGUGCCGCAACAACAAAGUCUCCUCAAGGGAACGUCGCAGGGAAAGAAACUCAUCAAGCAGGAAAAAGAUCAAUUUGCGAAAUAUGAGAUGUCGGUGCCGGAUAUUGUGAUUCCAGCGCAGCAAACGUCAACGUCGCCGUCCUCAUCGACAGGCAGCGGCAAAUCAUUCUACUCGAAAGACGAUCUUUUCACGGAUGAGAUGCCCAAUGAGCUUUUCGGCGAUGACGCGAAUACACUACUUACCACUGACGAAACCCCUCUACUGGGUGCUGGAAACGUUGAUUUAAAUUCCGCCAUCACAUACAACCCCAACACAAUGGUUGUAAUUCCCGGCAGAGCAGAGACUCCCGGCACAAGUAACGGACAACAAGUAGUUUUAUCUGACGGCUCAAACAUGCAAGUGACAAAAUUCAAUGGCAAAAGUAACAACAACGACAUUUCAAAGUUGAUGUCACAUUGCUCAUCUUCUUGUAAUUCCAGCUCCGAGUUUGAUUCCCAUUUGAAUGAUGUGCAAUCGGAUUUAGAUGCGCUGAAGGACAUUUUGCGCGGGGAAAAUUAUCAAUUUGAUACCAACGCAUUGUUGAAUUUUGCCGCUGAACAACCGAAUUACAAUCGAUAUUUUAUGCCAAGUCAAUUGGAUGCUGCCACAAUGCAAAAGUUAUUUAACGCAGACGACGUCAUUGGUGCAUAUGAAAUGCCCGCAGUUACAGACACAACUUCUGUAGCCAACGUUUUGCCAGGUGCUCCAAGUCCAGGAACGAAUGCCGCAUUAACGGAAUAUGCUCCAGAUGUUGAUUUAUCCGAUCUUUUGGAAAUUGCUCCCAAUGGCGAAUUUGAGGAAAAUAACCAACAAACCCUCACCAGUACACAAACGUAAAUUUGUAGAAAACAAUAACUUGACCUUUUAUCACAGCAAACUGUAGUAGAUUCUAACAUCUUUUAAUUAAAAAAUUAAUUAUUUAAUUAAAAUCAAGUUAUAUCAGCUUUUUGUUAUUAUUUUAAUGUAUAUCUUUAUUAUUUAGUCUUUACAACAAAUUAAAAUAAAGAUUAUCCUUGCAUGCGAAGGAUAUUUUCUCAAUAAUAAUAAUAAAAAAUAAAAUUAAACCCGAUAAACAAUAAAAUUAAUCAAUCACCUCAAAGUUGUUGUAAAUAUAUUGCAAAAAGCUAAAAACACUCCAUUCCGAGAGUGUUAAACAUGAAAAAAGUUGUACAGAUAGCUUUUAUUUUUUCUAAUAAAAAAAAACAAAAAGUGUAAAAAGAGAAAAAUGUAAAAAUUAGGAUUUAAUUUUAAUUUUUAAGAAAGUAAAAAAAAACAGGAGCUUGAAAGUAAAAAAAACACACACUAAAAAUUUAAGUUAAGAUUAAAAAAAAUUAUUUUUAGGAUUUUUAUAAAAAUUUAGAUGGCAACAAGUUAUUGCUAUGAUACCGCAAAUUAGUCCCGUUAAUGUAAAAAAAAAACUUUCUGUUCCAGUGUUUAAAAUUAAUUAAAAAAUUUAUGUCCCUCCCAACUAGUCCUGAAAAUGUGUCUUAUAUAAAUUUCAUAAUUUUUUUUUGUAUCUCAAAACAUCACUCUUGUAAUAACGAAAUAUUCAUCCGUAUCAUGACCAUCAAACAAGCUACAUUUUUACAUCAAGAAAAAAAAAUAAACAAUAAAAAUUGUGAUAUCAUAGUACAAAACAAAACAAAACGUAAAACUUAUUUCUUUAGAAUAAUAAGAAUCAAAAUGUCGGCCAGAGAAUAAAAUUUAUGUCGAAAAAUGCACAAAAAUUAGAAAAUUCUUUAGCAAUAUAGAUUCUAAUAAAAUUGUACACAAUAAAUAAUAUUCUCAAGUAAAAUCACGUCGUAGGAAUAUAAAAUGAUAACCGACUUGUUUAUUCCAAAGAAAUAACGAUAAAACAGUAAUUGACAUCUGUCUUUAUUAUAUUAGUCUUAGAAAUAGUGAUAAGUCCUUUUUUCACA